GUAAAGAUAACCUUACUGAUUUGUUUGAAAGAACAUGUCUAAAAGUAAAAAAAGGUCAUACUUAGAUGAAUACAUGAGAUAUGGAUUUACCUACAUGCUUAAAGAAACCAUUAGCUACCCACAGUGUGUUAUUUGUUAUAAAGUACUAGGAAAUGACUCUAUGAAACCUUCAAAGCUUGCUAUUCACUUGAAUAAGUGCCAUCCUGAUCUCCAAACAAAAGAUACUGAUUUUUUCAAAAGAAAAUUUGAAUCACUGAAGAGAUGCAAAUUGGAUAAAACUGGGAUUAUUUACCAAACUCAACAGAAUAUAGUAGAAGCAUCCUAUAAGGUUUCAUAUAUAAUAGCACAGAACAAAAAAGCUCACACAUUGGCUAAAGAAGUUAUACUUCCAUGUACAAAAGAAAUCGUUAGAUUAUUAUUUGGAGAAGAAGCUGCAAAGAAGGUAGAUAAUAUAUCUUUAUCAAAUACUACAGUCAAACGAAGGCUAACGGAUAUUUUAUCAAACAUUAAAGAAAAUGUUAUUAAUGAAAUUAAAGAAUCCCCAUAUUUUUCUAUUCAGUUGGAUGAGUCCACAGAUAGAAGUUCAAUGGCACAACUAAUUGUAUAUUGUAGGUAUAUUCACAAUAACAAAUUUAAAGAAGAAUUUUUGUUUUCUUCUUGCCUUAAAACAACAACAAAAGCAGCUAAUAUUAUGGAACUUUUAAAACAGUUUUUCAAUGACAAUCAAUUACAAUAGAAAUAUUUGUUUGGAAUUACUACUGAUGGAGCUCCUGCCAUGAUGGGUUGUAAGUCUGGAUUACAGACUAGGGUGAAAGAGAUUGCUCCAAAUGUAGUUGGUGUACACUGUUUUAUUCAUAGACAGGCUUUGGCAACCAAAACUUUACCAGGUAGUUUGAAAACUGUAUUUAAUCAAUUAGUCAAGUUGGUCAAUUAUAUAAAAUCUUCUGCUCUUAACACUCGCCUUUUUACAAAAUUUUGCUCUGACCUAAAUGCUGAACACAAUAAGUUAUUGUUUUAUACUUCUGUGCGAUGGCUAUCUGCUGGAAAUUUUUUGCAAAGAUUUUUCAUGCUUAGAAAU